UGUAAGUCCACUCACGCACUUUUUUUUGCAAUUUUGUACACACAAAAUAACUGUUCAUUCGUACAUACACGGAUUUUUUUGAUACAAAAAUCUUGGUAGCCUAUCAAAAUAUGGAAAUCCCAGAUGCAUUUUCUCUCAAAAAUUUCUCCUUUUUCGUCUAUAGCUGCGAAAUAUUAUUUUUCUGGAACAAAUCUGGAACGUCCCUAGAGAAAUUUGUCCCAAAUUCUCCGUCCUUUUUCACUAUUUUACGCCUAGAAAUUAUCUUUUUUUGUUUUAUACCUUGCGAAAAGUCUUUUCUCAAUUUGCGGUUAGAUUUAUUAAAAAGAAGAUUUUUUUUUUCGCAUUGUGUUGCUGUGCAUUGAUCAAAUUCUUUGGUGGUACUCCGUAUCGUUGAUAUCAAACAGAUUUUCAAAAGUGUAGCCACAAAGCAUUGUUCUGAAACAAGAAGGAAAUGAGGGAUGUGUUCCACGUUUGGAAGAACAGUGUCCUCUUGCUUCCGGCCCUUGAGUCGAUAUGCCCGUAUGAGGAAGGAUGACGAUGAUGGUGCUGGAGGUGAAGAUGACUCACUCCUAUGGUCGAGGGACCUCGAGAAGCAUUUUCAGGGAGAAUUCUCUUUUGCGGUGGUCCAGGCGAACGAGGUCAUAGAGGAUCACAGCCAGGUCGAGACGGGCCGAGACGCCACUUUUGUUGGGGUCUAUGACGGCCACGGCGGGCCCGAGGCUGCUAAAUACAUUUGCGACCAUCUGUUUCGUCAUUUGCUUACCCUUGCACGAGAAAAUGGAAAGAUAUCAAAAGACGUCAUUAAGAAUGCAUUAUCGGAAACAGAAAACGGCUUUCUGACCCUUGUUAGGCGUGCCUACACAAUUAAACCAGCAAUUGCAGCAAUCGGGUCGUGUUGUUUGGUCGGGGUCAUCUGGAAAGGUAUCUUAUUUGUUGCCAAUUUGGGGGACUCGAGAGCUGUUAUGGGCUGCUUGGAUGGGUCGAAUAAAAUUGUUGCCGAGCAGUUGACGGCAGACCACAAUGCCAGCAUGGAGGAGGUCCGAAAAGAAUUGAAAGCUCUCCAUCCGGAUGAUUCACAGAUUGUGGUUAUGAAGCAAGGGGUUUGGCGUAUCAAGGGUAUCAUACAGGUAUCAAGGUCAAUAGGCGAUGCUUAUCUGAAAAGGCCAGAAUUCGCACUCGACUCAUCUUUUCCUAGAUUCCAUCUUCCUGAACCUCUUCGCCAGCCGGUGUUGAGAUCCGAUCCAGCCAUGGUCAUCCGAGAUUUAGUAAACACUGAUAAAUUCAUCAUUUUCGCAUCGGAUGGUCUUUGGGAACACUUGACGAAUCAAGAGGCUGUCCAGAUAGUUCAUAAUAAUCCAAGAACGGGUAUAGCCAGAAGACUAGUGGUAACAGCUUUACAGAGGGCAGCUGUGACCAGACAAAUACCAUACAAUGAAGUAAAGAAGCUUGAUCAGGGUGUAAGGAGACAUAUCCACGAUGAUAUUACUGUUGUUGUCAUCUUCAUAGACCACGAGACUAUGGGUAAUGACAAUUCUGGCCCCGAGCUAUCUGUAAGGGGAUUUGUUGAUACCAUUGGGCCAUCGAAUUUCAACUUCUAGUAUGAAAGAUGAUGAUUAAUUUAGCGAAAAAGUUAAACUGCAGCGAGUUUUGAGUUUGUUCAUCCACGUUCACAUUUUUCGUUCGUCACUUUCAUGGAAUUCUUAGUGAGACUUUUUGGGCCGGUUGGUUGUGUAUCUGUUACUUUCAUUUCCGGUGGGAAUACCAAAUUUCUCAAUCUCAUUUCAUCUGAACAAGGUGUGUGUAGGUUUAAGUAUAAGUACUCUAUUCAAGGAAACUUCCGUUUUCACUAUGUGAUAUUUGGCCAUUGGGGGCCCAUCCUUCUCGGUUAAUCUUCUAUGCUUCUGUUUCUGUCUUGGGUCUCAACGCACGAGUAAAUGUUGCGUGUAUCGUAAGUAAAGAUGCCAUACUGCGUCUGUAUGGUUUUCGCCCAUGAUUUGAUGAAUAAUGAAAAAGCAUUUUCGGCAAG